GGGAGUCUACAAACCGUCACCAUAGUGACAGGUUGUUUACUACAGAGGUUAUCUCUUUUUAAGAAACCUAUUCAGUUCAGUUUGAAAUAAGAGAUUUUUUUAGAAGUUUUAACAUGCUUUGGGGUCUAAGCCCUGCCUUGGACCUUCUCUCUGAAUAUGAAAAGGUGAACACUCUCUUCGGGAAGAAAAUAAUCAAUAUACUUCUGAUAGGUUCUACUGAUGGACGACACAUCCUUAAAACGAUAUCAGCAUUGAAGAGACAUUCCGUUGACGACUGCGAUGUUAACUUCUUUGUCAUGGAUCUCGCCACUGAGUUCGUAGCAAGGCAGCUCCUUCUCCUCACUAUCGCGCUAGAACCGGAGGAUCACCUCGGAAUCCAAGAGAAAGCGCGUCUUUGGAUGGAAAUCUAUGGUAACACACUUCUAAGACCCGUCACCGCUAAGUAUCUCAUGUCCAAAGCGGUUCAAUUAAUUCAUAUGGUUACCAAUAAAAAUUAUCAGAAGAAGAGACUACCUCUAGUCGACAUGGAUUUUGUAAAGUAUAAAGAAAUAGACCAGUUGGAAAAUAUCUUUAAGUAUUGGAUUCGCAACAGAUAUAGCAUCGCCAAGAUCUGGGACAACAAGUUAAGAAAAUCACUUGGGACGAGGUACGACUCUAGGGAAGGGGUUUUUGACUGGGAUUACAACAUGAAACUCCAUGAUAUAAAAGGCGGUACCAGGGUCUGCGCAGGCGAAUAUAAGUUGUGGAGGAAAAUAGGUAUUGCUUUCACUUGGCUGGAGACAGAAUACUCCGUUGGGAACCCGACGCUGGCAGUUGGUAUAGGAUCCAGCGGUGACAACCUCUACAGCCAUGGCUACUGGGGGGACAUGGAGUCCGGUCCCUUCUUCGCCUUCGGAACAGACUCUGAAGAGAAGCCGAUGUUGGAAGUCCGCAACGAAGUCAACGUCCGGCGAGCCACGGAUAUCACGGAAAGGAAUCUGCAGCGGAUGUUCCACGAACUAGAGCACGGAAGUCCUCCGAGUGACCUCUACACCGCUUGCAUAGACCUCGGCCUGGUCAUGAUGAAGCCGGGGAACGUAGAUCUCGAAAGGGAAGUCAUCUUAGACUACGAACCUGAUCCUACGCCAGAGGACUACAGUGCCAUUCCGGUACCCAACUGUAAGGUUUUCUUCCUUCCUGGCAAUGCGAUGGAUAUCUUCCCAAAGAAAGCCAAGAAUAAAGAGUUCUUCGAUAUGGCCUUCGUUGCACAAAAUUUCUACAAGUUUCUUAACCAGGAUAUAAUGUCAAUGAUUAAACCAUGCGGUUGCCUAGUAAUAGAAACAAGGAAGUUUGUCAUCGGUCUCGAAAGAGAUGCGGGUUGUUUCGGCAAAGAGGUACGAAACAAGCUUCGUGAGUUUGGAUGGGAAGAAGUCACAAAGUGUCACUUCAGAAAGGACGCACACGCCUUAUUUAGAAAGAGUAGUGGUGAGUCUAGCUCUGAGAAAAACAUGGACGAACAGGAUGACACGGAGGCUGCGAAGAUCGAUGAUGAUCCUUGCGCGAUGGAACAAGAUCUUACUGAAAGCAUUACUGAAGAAUAUAAACAGCUGAAUUUGGAAGAAACAAGAGAUAAAGCCGCUUCUACAUCGAGUGAAUUAGAAAACUCCAGUUUUGUUUGUCCGAAAAGCACGAAUUUACUAGAAGAUGAACCAAACAUAAAAGAGACAGAGGUUAUAUCAAUGACCUUUCAAGAGGAUACUGAUGUUCAUCCUAAGGAGGACUUCAAAAAGAGAAUAGAAGAUGUGGAAGAUGCAUUUGUCGAUGAAAAAGAUGGGUUGAAGAUCUCUGGUCGAGAAAACCAAUCCGAUCUAGCUAGUUCGGAAGUUACGAGAAAUGCUGAGGAACGAGGCCAAAAGGCUGAAUCAGGAGACCACGAUCACGUUAACUGAUCCUUUAAAAAGUAACGUUAUGACUAUAAUAUCAAACGAUUACAUGAUGUACUUUCUCAGAUUGUAUAUAUUACCUAAAACGAUAUUAAAUGAUUGAAUAAAAUGUUAUUUCUUAUUUAUAGAUUGUGUAAAUAAUGCAAUGUUUUAUAAUAAUGCCC